UAUUGAGGUUAAAUGUUUUAAUAUGUUGCUGCAAAUUCCUUUUCAUGCGCAGCAAAUGCGGCGAAAGCGGUUUUGAAAAAUUUGAAUCACGUGAUAUUUUGCUGCUGCUGCGUGCUGCGUAUGAAAAGGCACCUUAAGAUGUGGCAAAAUGUAUUUUGCGCCGGAAGUGCGUUAUCUACGUAACAUUUUUAACCAAUAGUAAUGAAUUGCUGCGACUGCACACUGCGCAUGAAAUGGCACCUUUAAACUCGUUCCGUCCGAAAACGGAUAUAUAAAUGAAUAUUUUUGGCAGAAAACGGAAAACAGAUGACAGACGCGAUGACUGCCUAUAUUUGGAACAUCCUGUACUCGAGUGUUUUACACAUGGCCGCCACGCUUGACGGCCCUGACGCCACGCGUCGUACGUCACGUAUGUGUGAUGACUGAUGAUACACACGACGCCGAAUACCGAUUACACGGGAUUAAUCACGAUGAAUGACAGAAGUCGCAAUUAGCGAGACAGAAGAAGCGAGAAGCAUGGGAUGCAUGGGAUCACGAUUCUCUCUCUCUCUUCCCAUGAUGGGUAAUUGUAUCAGAAGCGUGCUGAGGAGGCUGCAAAGGAACCGCGCUGCGGAAAAGACCAUUGUCCUGCUCAUUGUGGGACUGGACAAUGCCGGGAAGUCCAUGAUACUGAAUCAUAUUAAUAACGAUCCGGAUCAGAAUGUGUUGCCCACGAUAGGAUUCCGGACGGUAUCCCUAAAGCACAAGUCGUACUCCGUGAAGAUAUAUGAUCUUGGAGGCAGCUCCCAGAUUAGAGCAUUGUGGCCUAAAUAUUAUAAUGAUAUACAUGGUCUUAUAUACGUGGUGGAUGCUAGCGAUAUUUCCCGUCUUGCAGAAAAUAAAGUCGUAUUUAACGAAUUAAUUACACACGAGCAUAUCUCGACGAAACCAAUAUUGUUACUCGCCAACAAGCAAGAUCUGAAUGGAGCUAUCGACGAGCUGGAUAUAGUUGAAAACCUGGAUGUAGAACGUGCUGCCAAUGCUAUGAAAUGUCCGACCAGAGUGGAAACAUGUUCCUGUAUUUAUGACAAGGAACAAUCUAAGAGUAGCAUUGUGGGCAUAAAGGAUGGAUAUAGGUGGCUAUUGGAUACCAUAGUGAAGAAUUACGCUGUUCUGAACAGCAGGGUCAAACAGUUGCAAAACUACCAAUAUAAGAGUAUCCAACGGGAACAGUCUGUCGCGUCAAAUACACCAUCGAAAGUGUCUAUACAUUCCAAUCCCUUUAAACCUAUUAAAGAUCUCUUAGCAACAAAGGAUGAAGCUUUAAUAAGUGAAUCAUGUAACGGUACCAAUGAAGGGAGAAGCAUCAUAAAAGUUUUCGCACGGAGAAAUAAGACUGCUCCUCUUCCAGUUGAACAAUUAACUAUUGAAUGCGAAAGUCUCUCACGAAAUCUUACACCUAGUGUAGAAAUUCUCGCUGGAGAGAAAAGUACACAAACUACGACUACAAUACUAGAGCCAUUGAAUCUGAAUAUUAAUCAUAGCGAAAGUUAUGCAAGUAUAAAACUAAUCCGUCCGUAUACAGCGCCAGAAAGAUCGCGAUUAUCGAAUGAUAUGACGAUAAUUAAUAUUCCUGGUCAAGUGCCUCAAUAACAGCAUCUGUAAAUUUUGUACUUAGAUUAAAGAGGGGACCAUAUGUAUAUAUA